AUGUGGGAUGGCUCAGGGCCUGGCUCCCAGCCCAUGGAACAGUCCCCUGUGCCCCACACGGAUGACGCAGCUUUCCUGGAAGCCUCAACCAGUAACUUCCCCUUACAUAUCACUGACCACCCCUCGAUGCAAGGCAGCUGGAACUUCAACACACAUAACCAAAACACCAGCAGUGGGAACAUGGGAAAUCUGAACCUGCUCUCCAGGGAGGCUCGAGAGGCUGGAGGAUUUUCUGCCAUGGCCAGAGGCUCCUAUUAUUCGGUCACCUGCCUGUGGCGGCGCGAGCCCAGCGGGCUGGGCCGAGGCCCUGCUCUUCGGGUAUUUACGGCGCCCGGCCGCCCCGGCUCGGGCUCGAGUCCGCGCUUCCAGGUUCAGUUUCAGGGUCUCGCCGGCAGCCCCAGCCGGCAGGCGCGGAGCGGGCAGCGGGGCCCGGACCGCAGGGUCCUCUGGGGUCCCCGGAGUUGGGAAGCGGCGUCCGGGAGCCCCGGGAGGAGGAUGGGCUGCGGACGCAGCAGGCUGAGCAGCUGCAAACCCCCCAAAAAGAGACGCCAAGAACCAGAUCAGCCUCCCAGAUCAGAGCCCCAGGAACUAGGUCCCCUCAAUGGGGACACAGCCAUUACCGUCCAGCUCUGUGUGUCCGAGGAGGCAGAGCAGCACCAGAAGAACAUAGCCAGAAUUCUCCAGCAACAUGAAGAGGAGAAGAAGAAAUGGGCACAACAGGUGGAGAAGGAGAGAGAGCUAGAACUUCAAGAGAGACUGGAUGAGCAGCGGAGGGUUCUGGAAAGAAAACACGAGGAGGCCCUGCAAGCCCUCCGGGCCUCAUAUGAACAGGAGAAAGAAGCCCUUACCCACUCCUUCCAGGAGGCCAAAGCCGCCCUGCAGGAGACUGUAACCAGACUGACCUCACAGCUGGAGGCCUUCCAGGCCAAGAUGAAGAGGGUGGAGGAGUCCAUUCUGAGCCGAGACUACAAGAAGCACAUCCAGGAUUAUGGGAGCCCCAGCCAGUUCUGGGAGCAGGAGCUGGAGAGCUUGCACUUUGUCAUCGAGAUGAAGAAUGAGCGUCUUCAUGAGCUGGACAAGCAGCUGAUGCUCACGGAAACAGUGAAAGAAAAGAAUCUGAUGUUGGAGGAAAAAAUCACAACCCUGCAACAGGAGAAUGAGGAUCUCCAUGUCCGAGGCCGGAACCAGGGGGUCCUGUCAAGGCAGCUCUCGGAAGACCUGCUUCUCGCCCGCGAGGCCCUGGACAAGGAGGCCCAGCUACGGCGCCAGCUCCAGCAGGAGAAGGAGGAGCUGCUGUACCGCAUCCUGGGGGCCAAUGCCUCGCCUGCCUUCCCCCUGGCCUCUGUCACUCCCACCGAGGUCUCCUUCCUCGCCACCUAGGGGGAAGGGCCUGGGCCUGCCAUGACGCCUGUGGUCACGGUCCCUCCAAGGACUUUGCAGAGAAGACAGUGGGAGCCUCUCAGUUCUUCUCCCAGGAAGGGGAGAGGGUGGGAGCGAGAUGGGGAGCCGGGGUGUGUGCCCAGUGAACCCUGGCGGGGUGGAUCAGGUAGAAUCACCCAGGGGGUUUUGGAGGCCCCGAGAAGCGUCUUCCCAUGAGUCGGCCCAGGGCCUAAGCGAGAGGAGUCCUUGCCUCCCUGCCUUUCUCUGUCCACAUCUAGGAAGUGCCGAGGCUUUUCCCCGGGGCAGCCCGUGCCACGUUGGCCAUCCGACACAAAGGAGACAAGCCCUGGGCCCAGCUUGUCAGCUUUGCUGCAACUCACUGACUUGUCGACCUCCCCCAGGUGUUCCCACUUCGGCCCUGGCCUUCUCUCAGCCUCAGUUUACCCCUGCUAUAAAAUGGUUGGGGGACUGGUCAAAUGCCUCGAGUCACUGCAGUGUCCCAUUCUAGGGUUGUCUGAAGGCCAGACUUGGGGGCGUGGAGUAACCCCGUGAACAACCUGGGGAAAGUGAGGGCUGGAUGGCCCUGGAGGCUGGGGCUGGGGGAGCCGGGCAGCCACCGCAGCCGAGACAUCACUCCUGGGCCAGAGUCUGGUCAGCCCAGGCCCAAGGGCCAGAGCUCCUCUUCCCUGACCGUGCAAGGCUCGUCCCUUUGACCCUCCUGGUCCUUCCAUCUCAGUGCCGCCUGGGCACAGGGGCCACACUAGUGGGUCUGAGAACACUCAACAGGCAGAGCUGGAACCUCCUCCCCGUGCAGAUGAGGAAAGCAAGGUGCAGCAGGGAUCCCACAGAGUGAGGACAAGGACCUCCCCUGGCAGCCAGGUCUCACCCUUUGCUCUUUUUUUCCUCCCCAGGAUCUGGGAGGAUCAGAUCAGUGACUUGGUCUUCCUCCUCCUUCCUCUCCCUGUCCCCACCCACUUUCAGUUUCUCUUUCACUCCUGCCCUCAACUCCUCUUCCUGCCACCCUGAGCCCAGGCCCACCCCGUCAGUGAAGAGGGGUGGCCGGAGUAACUGACCCCAGCGGGCUCCCCAGCCCUGGCCGUGUGUGGAUCUCAGGUCCUUCUCAGGAAGCUUCAGGUCAGCUGGAAACUAUAGAAACCCCUCGCCCACACAGAGCAUCUCCAUCGAAGUGCGUCACGCAUCCCUCCCUCCCCUGGUCCUCAUGAGAUCCCUGAAGCACCUUCCUAUCCCUCAUUAGCAGCAGGACAAACUGAGAUCCCAGGCCCUGGGCCAGCGAAGCAACAGUCAGUCAGCAUUUUCCCUUAGUCGUUCUAUGGUGACAUCAUCCCAGACUGCCUUCCUCAUUCCCCUGGAUGUGGUCUCCAUCCAUUGCGAGUUCCGCAGGUUCAGAGGGGACUGUCCAUCUCCCCGGCUGGGCAGGGGAAGAGGUGGCAGGAGGGGAGUGCUGAGCUGCUUCUCCAGCCAUGGUCAAACAGGCGAUCCGGGAGCCUGGAGCCCACCUCUGGAUGAAGCGCACAUGUACUUUCUCAUGCAGCUUUUUCCAAAGCACAUCUGGGAUACAUUAAUUUAUUGGACACUAAUAGGCCUGACUGGUGGCCAAGUAUUUUGGGAAACUCUAGGUUCCAUCAGGCUAAACAGAUCUGUAACCUGCAGGACUCAUCAGAACCUUUAAUAUGCUAAUGUGCACUGCAAAUUUCCAAGAAGGAGGCAAAGCGUCCAGCAUUUCCCAAGCCUCUUCGAAUAAACCUCUCCCCCUCACCCCUUCCCGCCCACCAGCACUUCAGGCUGCAGAAUGCACUUUAGAAAGCAUGGUUUUCAUUGAGAAGGGCAGGGCUGGAGAACAGGCAAGUUGUGGAGCCAGGUUUCCCUCCAACCUGCGGUGGAUGUGAGAAGGAAAUAAAGUUUUCCUUACUCUGGGGCAGACAAGCUACGGAAACUAAAAAGAA